AUGCGUGAAAUCGUUCACCUUCAGACCGGCCAGUGUGGUAACCAGAUUGGUGCCAAGUUUUGGGAGGUCGUCUCUGAGGAGCACGGCAUCGAGUCGGAUGGUCUCUACAAGGGCAACAAUGACCUUCAGCUCGAGCGGAUCAACGUCUACUACAACGAAGUCGGCGCCAACAAGUAUGUUCCCCGUGCUGUUCUCAUUGAUCUUGAGCCCGGCACCAUGGACUCCGUCCGUGCCGGUCCUCUCGGCAGCCUUUUCCGCCCCGACAACUUCGUCUUCGGUCAAAGCGGUGCGGGUAACAACUGGGCCAAGGGCCAUUACACUGAGGGCGCGGAGCUCGUUGACUCCGUUCUCGAUGUCGUUCGCAAGGAGGCUGAGGGUACCGACUGCCUGCAGGGCUUCCAGAUCACCCACUCGCUGGGUGGUGGUACCGGUGCAGGCAUGGGUACCCUCCUCAUCUCGAAGAUUCGUGAGGAGUACCCCGAUCGUAUGAUGGCCACCUACUCUGUCGUGCCCUCGCCCAAGGUCUCCGACACUGUCGUUGAGCCUUACAACGCCACGCUCUCGGUCCACCAGCUCGUCGAGAACUCCGACCAGACGUUCUGCAUUGACAACGAGGCGCUUUACGACAUCUGCUUCCGCACGCUCAAGCUCACGACCCCCACCUACGGUGACCUCAACCACCUCGUGUCGAUCGUCAUGUCGGGUAUCACGACUUGCUUGCGUUUCCCUGGUCAGCUCAACUCCGACCUCCGGAAGCUCGCCGUCAACAUGGUUCCCUUCCCCCGUCUUCACUUCUUCAUGACCGGCUACGCUCCCCUCACGGCCCGCCUCAGCGCGCAGUACCGUGCUGUCACCGUCCCCGAGCUCACACAGCAAAUGUUCGAUGCCAAGAACAUGAUGGCUGCGUCGGACCCGAGACACGGUCGUUACCUUACCGUCGCGGCUGUCUUCCGUGGCAAAGUUUCGAUGAAGGAGGUUGAGGAGCAAAUGCAGAAUGUGCAGAACAAGAACUCCGCGUACUUCGUCGAGUGGAUCCCCAACAACGUCCUGUCCGCGCAGUGUGACAUCGCUCCUCGUGGUCUCAAGAUGGCCGUCACCUUCCUUGGUAACUCGACCGCCAUCCAGGAACUCUUCAAGCGUGUCAGCGACCAGUUCACGGCCAUGUUCAAGCGCAAGGCCUUCCUGCACUGGUACACCCAGGAGGGUAUGGACGAGAUGGAGUUCACGGAGGCGGAGUCCAACAUGCAGGAUCUUGUUGCGGAGUACCAGCAGUACCAGGAUGCCACCGUCGAAGAGGAGGGCGAGUACGAGGAGGAGGUCCCCCCUGAGGAGGAGUAA